AUGAAAAAUUAAACCAAUUAAUCAGAGAUUUGUCAAUAUUGUAAUUUAAGUGACUGUGAAUGUUCAGAUCAAGAAGAUUGGGAUAGUUGUGAUUCACCUAAACCAAAAACUCUCUAUUCUUUUAAAGAAAUCAAUCUAUAAAAUAAAUCAUUAUUAGCUGAAAUCAGAAUCAUUUGCAAAAAUUUGAUUUAUGUGAUUGGUUUAGCACCUAAUAUAGCUAAAGAAGAUGUAAUCUCAUUUCUAUAUUUAAGCAAUUAAAAAAACUUGAAUAUUUUGGUUAAUAUGGAUAAAUCUAAAAAUUAAUUGUGAUCCAAAGUAAUACAUUCAAUCCACCAUCUCAUGCUGCAUAUAUAACUUAUCGAAAUGAAUAAGAAGCAUCUUUAGCAAUCUUAGUAAAAAUUAUUAAUAUUUAUUUGUUUUGGCAUGUGAAAAAUUUCCCUUACACGAUAGAUAAGUUAAAGCAUCCUUUGGAACCACCAAAUAUUGCACAAACUUCUUAAAGGGUUAACAAUGCAAAAUUAAGGAUUGUGUAUACUUGCAUCAACACCCUAAAGAUAAAGACUCUACAUAAGUGUUAAAAAAAGUAUGUACAUUAAAUAAUAAUUAGGAAGAAAUGAAUAACUCUAAAUGGUUAUUUUCUUAUUCAUAAAAAUUAGCUUAAACUAAUUUUAAAAAGUUUUAUACAAAAAUCAAUUACAAAAAUGCCUUACAAAAAUCAAUAUUCCCAACCACAUAAAAUAUAUUGGAU